UUUACAGCAGCAACAUUCAGGAAGAACACUGCUAAAAAAACUAGUUUUUCUUCAUUUUUUUGAACCCUUAAAAGACAGAACUUUUAAAAAUGCCGCCCAAAAAGAAGAGUGGUAAAAAGAAGGGAAAGAAGAAGUCAGCUAAGUCUAARACUCCUACCAUUGUAGAUGGAAUAAGCACUGAAGAAAUGAGUAAAGAACAGCUUGAAGAACACAUAGUUAGAAUGAGAGAUGAGCUGGAUCGAGARCGGGAAGAAAGGAAUUACUUUCAGUUAGAAAGAGAUAAAGUAAAUACAUUUUGGGAAAUCUCAAAAAGACAACACCAAGAAACCAAAGCAGAAUUAAGAAACAAGGAACGKGAAAUGGAAGAGGCUGAGGAAAGGCAUCAAGUUGAAAUAAAAGUCUAUAAACAAAAAGUCAAGCAUCUUCUGUAUGAGCACCAAAAUAACAUUGCUGAGCUUAAAGCAGAGUCAUCUGUUGCACUAAAACUAGCUCAAGAUGAACACCGGACUUCAGAACAAGAUUUAAGAAAAGAUAAACGUUCUCUGAAGGUGGAGCUCAAAGAACAGGAGUUAUCCCAUGAAGAUGUCAUUAAGAACCUCAAAAGGAAUCAUGAUGAACAUGUCACAAAACUUGGUCAAGACUUUGAAAGACAAGUUAAAGAGAUUGAAGCAAAAUAUGACAAGAAGAUGAAAUCCUUACGAGAUGAAUUGGAGUUGAGAAGGAARACAGAAAUCCAUGAGAUUGAAGAGCGUAAAAAUGGGCAGAUCAAUACACUCAUGAAAAACCAUGAGAAAGCAUUCAGUGACAUCAAGAACUACUACAAUGACAUCACCUUGAACAACUUAGCACUAAUCAACUCACUAAAGGAACAAGUUGAAGAAAUGAAAAAGAAAGAAGAAAGGAUGGAAAAACAAAUGAAUGAAAUAAUGGCUGAGAACAAGCGUCUGACAGAACCUUUACAGAAGGCAAGAGAGGAAGUUGAAGAAUUACGAAAACAGCUUGCCAACUAUGAAAAAGACAAAGCUUCAUUAGCUAGUGCUAAAGCAAGACUAAAAGUACAAGAAGAAGAACUCAAGGGCCUUCAUUGGGAGCAUGAAGUACUCCAACAACGUUUUUCACAGACUCAAAGUGAAAGAGACGAGUUGUAUGGGAAAUUUGUCAAAGCCAUUCAUGAAGUUCAACAGAAGAGUAACUUUAAAAAUCUAUUACUUGAGAAAAACCUGGCUGCUUUAGCUGAUACUUUGGAAAAGAAGGAAGCCCAACUCAAUGAAGUUSUCUCAGCAUCUAAUUUGGAUCCAACAGCUUUAACCGUGGUUACUAGAAAACUAGAGGAUGUACUUGACUCUAAGAACAGUGCGAUCAAAGAUUUACAGUAUGAACUGGCUAGAGUCUGUAAGGCUCAUAAUGACUUGAUAAAGACGUACGAAGCCAAGCUGAACUCGUUUGGUGUACCAACUGAAGAACUUGGCUUCAAACCCUUAGAAAGUAAUGUUGGAGGACAGCAACUUGGCAAAGGACCUGCUGGUCUCGUAGCAGCUCCUACAUAACAAGACAUUUCUGUGAAUACAUUUUUACUUUGUACAUAUAUCAAUAAUAAAUUGUAAACGUAGAUUUUA